CAUCUAAACAUCAUCACAGUGACACAAAUUUUCGUUAAAUUUUUAGUUUCCUUACGUUUUUUUGUGUGUGUGAAUUGUGGAAAUGGGAAGACUUGGCACCGAACUCCCUGUGGCGCCUUGGCAUCGAGGCUUGUCGCUGUCACAGAUCAGAGCGGCCUGCGACCUGCAGACUGCACUGAGCCUCGACCUAGAGGAGGAGACGACGCAUCGGGUGAAGGAUUGCUUGAUGCGCCUGGGACUUUGUGGCCAGCUCGAUGUUUGCCUCUUGCACAAGACAAUGCAGCUCAGUCGGGGCAACAAUUUGGCCUUUCUGUAUUUCCUAUACACGAUGCAGUACGAAUCGGAGUAUCCGCACAAGAAGUACACACUCAAUGAACAGAUCAUACUGUCGGCCAUUGCGUACUUGGAUAUGCCAGCCACCAUUGAGGCCUUGGACAAAAUUGUGCCCAUGGCCAGGAAGCGCAUGAAAACGCAGCACGCAAAGCCAUAUCCGAGCGAAAGAAGUGGCAAAGUUGACACCACACAGGAUGCCAAAAUGCUGCCAUACUUUGAAAAGCAACACAAGCCCAAGCUGAGGCAUAGGCAUUUACAAUCAGCACCUGCCCAUUUCGCGGUGAGCAUUCCCAACGAAUUCAAGGAGUCGCUUCAGCCGGAAAACCGCUGGUUUGCCGACUACGGAUUCCAGCCAGCCAAGCGUAUUGUCAAAUCUGUAAUCAGCGAAGAGAUUGUCAAACUCUUCGAUAGAAUAGACGAGUUUCGGGGGGUUCCCGAGACGGAGCCGCUGGAUAUGUGCGAAUUUCAUCAGAAGAGUCGUUCGCUGGAGCGGGCAGCGUAUCUGGAAAGGCAGCGCCAGCAAUGCCUAUCCAUGAUUGACUUGGAUGAAGAGCGAAAGUUGCUAACGAGGCGACGCAUUUCCAAGCAAAUGCAGCUCGAUGUGCAGAAAUAUAUGCAAAAGUUUGAUGAUCAUCGCUGGAGUCGGGGAGUGCCGGCAUUUCGGCAAAUCGGAUGCACUGCCUGCCGUCUGCUGGGUCCCACACCUCUGCCUGUGAUGGUAAUGGCCGGUGUGGGCGAAGGACGCCAUCAGUGGUCGAAGAUGUCAGCAGACGGCAGCAGCGAGCAAGUGCUGCGGCUCGGUGGCGGACAGGAAUCGAGGCCACCAACUCCGAGCCUCAACUAUUUCCAAGGGACCAAGCUGCAUGCUCCCUACAUAUUCGAUUAUUUUCGACUGCUUGGCCGUUACAGCCAGAUGUCAUUGUCUGCUGGCGAGUGCAUUGAUGGCGCUGUGCUAAAGGCCCUUGACGAUGUUGAUGACAGGGAAAAACAAAGGCCCAUCAUGGCGACACGAUGGCAUAUAAGCGAUGCCGUCAAUCAGUGUGUGUGGAGAAUCUAUGAAAAGAGUCUGAUGGCUGUCAAAAACUGUGAGAAUCCAAAGGAGCGUCUCAGCUAUGGGGAGAACAAACACUUUGAUGCCGACGAUGAGGUUUUCAUGGAUCGCAUGCUUGAGGAUGCCUUCAAGGCGCUGCAAAAGAAUAAGAAGCUCGUGCUGCCUACCCUGUGCCAUGGUCACCAGGUGCCAGAGCUGCGCGAAUGGAUUAGGCGUCGCUACGGCAAGCGGUAUACGGCGGCGACGCAUUCCGAACUGCAGUUCGAAUCGCAGUUCACAACGAUGCACCUGACGAAGAUGCACCACGAGCUGUACACCAGUUUGAUGGGGCAGCACCAGGAAUCCAAACAGCAGAGCAGCAUUAGCGGUGCACGCCAUGACCUAUUCCUGGCCAGAGCCCAGAAGUUUCGGCUUUGCUUCAAGGAACGCGUCAACGAGAUUGUCAUGGAACGGACGCGCCUCUGCUGGCGGGCUAUGAACUAUCUACGAACCAAAAACUACACCAGUCUGCAGCAGACCUUCUUCUCGUAUCUGCCGGGAAGUGCCUGUGAGACGGUUCCCAUUUUCACGAAUACCAAACACGUGAAUGGAAAAUGUGGCAGAUCACUCGGCAAAUGAAUUUCGUCUGAAUUUAUGGACAGUACAAUG